AUGGCGAGGAUGAAGUUGAAGAAGCUAGAGCAAUAUUUGCAACAGGUUGAAGUGUUUGAGGACCCCAAGAUCCACCUUGAGCAGUAUGCUACUAGUCCACACUUGGCGGCUUCUAUGCUCUACACUAUACAAACUAGCUUUGGAGACUUGGAGGGAAAGGUAGUGGCAGACCUGGGUUGUGGCUGUGGUAUGUUGACAUUCGGCUCAGUUCUGCUCGGAGCCGGCUCAUGCAUCGGUUUCGACAUUGACGAUGAAGCUCUCGAUAUACUUAGCGUGAACCGCGAAGAUCUCGGAGUGGACGAUUGUGAUAGUGUUUUGUGUGACGUGUGUAAACUCGAUGAUAGGUGGAACAAUUUCUUUGACACUGUUGUCAUGAACCCUCCCUUUGGAACGAGGCAGAAGGGUAUUGACUUGGACUUUGUUAAGGUAGGACUUAGGCUGGCAAACACGGCUGUGUAUUCACUUCAUAAAACAUCGACUAGAGAACACAUUUUGAGCAAAGCUAAAGCGUGGGGGGUCGAGGCUAAGGUGGUAGCUGAACUAAAAUUUGACUUGCCUCAGACUUAUAAGUUUCACACCAAAAGUUCUGUUGAUAUAGAAGUGGACUUGAUUAGGUUUUGGUUCAGCAAACCUAAACAGAUGUGUGAGUUUAUGAAGCAGUAGGGAAUAUUUUGUAAUGUUUUAACCGUAUCAAUAAAGGUAUAACUUUUUUUAAA